AUGACGUCUGAGGCAGACGAAAAAACUCGUUGGGGUUGUUAACUACUCCUCCCGUUGUCGUCUUCGUACAGAUUUUUUUUUUUCUGAUUUUUUCCCUUCGGAAACAAGAUUCUUCCGGGUCGAGUCAUUUGAGAUCUGUUUACUUUCAUUCGUGAUUGAGACUUUGAGUAUAUAGCGUGCAACUUUUCCCCUGCAUUGACAGGGGACUGGCGGGCUUUUUCAUCCUGCUAGUGGCGUGAUAUUCCUUUCUAUCGUGGUUCGACGCUUCUGUCUUAUCGACAAUUUCCGCACAUUAUCAGGAAAAUGUUCUUCAGUUGGGAUGUACUUUUGGUUUCCUUAGUGGUUCUAGCCAUCACUUAUGAAACACAGUCAUGGUUCAGAUACUACUUUCGAUUCACCCUCUACAUUUCCAUAGUCAUGCUAACUGCUGUGUUCCUAAUCCCUAUUGCCAUGUUCAGGCCUGGCAAUGUUCAUAACACAGUACUUGUUGCUUAUUUCCUUGGACCCCUCUUAAAUGCUCUUCUUGGAAUGAAAGUGCACCUACGGAACCCAGAAAAUUUUGUGAAUGAUGGUUCAAUUAUUUGUGCAAACCAUCAAAGUUGCCUUGAUUUCCUUGGGAUGAUAACUCAUUGGCCCACUAUGGAACGUUGUGCAGCUAUUGCAAAGAAGGAGGUAAAUUACAUUGGUCCAUUUGGCUAUGUAGCAGGUCUUUGUGGAACCAUUUUCAUAAAAAGAAACAAAGCACACGAUUCUCACGCUACGAUGAAUGAGGCAGCUGAACAAGUGAAGCAGAAAAAAUUGAAGUUAUGGAUCUUUCCAGAAGGAACGCGUAAUAGCGGUAAAAGAGACAUGCUCCCAUUUAAAAAAGGUGCUUUCUACAUUGCCAUCAAUGCGCAGCUGCCUAUCAGUCCUGUCGUUUACUCGUACUACUACUUUCUUGAUCACAAACAAAAGCGGUUUGACCCAGGUGAAAUUGUAAUGACCGUAUUACCACCAGUGUCUACUAAAGGCAUGACAAUGGAAGAUUUACCUGAGUUAAUGGAGCGAGUGCGCAACAUGAUGUUGGAAGUGUAUCAAUCCUCUUCUGACGAAAUAUCUAAUGCUAAUAAUGCUCAACCUUCUAGUUAAAAGCUCUGACAUAGACUAAAUCCGCUGGUCUGGACUAAUGUUGCACCGCUUCAAAAGUGAGAAAUUUAAAGUGUAACAAUUGAUAAUUUUUUUUCUGUCAAGGCGAAAAAAUGUGCUGUCUAGUCCCCGUGUAGACCUGAAUUCCUAAAUUUUUUUGUCCCAUUUCCAAUGUUCGGUUUGGCAAUUUUUUUAACUACUUUUUGUGUGUUAACUUCGCUGUUGUUGCGUAUGUUCAAUGGCCAUCAAGUUUAUCUGCGACCGGGCAGGUACAACGAUGCACAAAAUCGUUUUUUCUAUUGGAAAUCUCCCUUUUUGUACUCCUCCAUGUUAUUAACAGUGCAAGUUUAACUGUUUGAGACUCAGCAGCUUCAUUACGAAUCGAAAUAAAAAAUUAAAGCAAUGAAAAUGUCAA